CCGGAUCUUUGGACAUGGGACAUGUACUGGACGUCCGAAGUACCGGCGGCGGCAGUCACACUAGGCCAGUUUCUGAGCAAACGUGAGCGGCCCCUGGCUUGGAAACCUGGACGUAAUUUCUACGUGGCCGGCAGCGGCAAAACUAUGGCCCGCCGACUCACAGCUGGGGCGCGUCAAGGUGGGGAUAGAGCGCGUGUGAUCGCGCCUGGACGCGUCGAGCGCCCAGAUCAAUUAAGGUCGGUCACACUCAUCAAUCAAACCGCCUCGAGGUCCGGCAUUCGAUUUACAUCAACCCCAACAAUGACGGCCUCGCAAACUAAUCCCGCUGCCCAGCCUUCAAACGGCUCGGCUCCUGUUGUCAACCAUGAAGAGCACCAGUACUUGGAUUUGGUGCGCGAGAUCCUCGAUAGCGGCGAGCGUCGACCGGACCGGACGGGCACCGGCACCUACUCGAUUUUUGCUCCUCGUCCCCUCAAGUUCUCCCUAAAUAAGAACGGCAACCCAGUCCUCCCCCUCCUCACCACCAAGCGUGUCUUCACACGAGCCGUCAUCGCCGAGCUCCUCUGGUUUAUCGAGGCAAACACCUCAUCCAAAUCCCUUAGCGAGGCUGGCAUCAAGAUCUGGGAUGGAAAUGGCUCCCGCGAGUUCCUCGACAACCUCGGCCUGACUCACCGUGAGGAGGGUGACCUUGGUCCUGUCUACGGUUUCCAGUGGCGACACUUUGGCGCCGAGUAUGUUGACUCCAAGACAGACUACACUGGACAGGGUGUCGACCAGAUUGCCGAACUCAUCCAUAAGCUGCGGACGAACCCCUACGACCGCCGCCUCAUCCUCACAGCCUGGAACCCGGCCGACCUCAAGAAAAUGGUCCUGCCACCCUGCCAUAUGUUUGCCCAGUUCUACGUCUCAUACCCACGCCAGAAGCGGGAUUCAGAGAACGGUGACGAGCCUAAGCCCCAGGGCCACCUGCACUGCCAGCUCUACCAGCGAUCUUGCGACAUGGGUCUCGGCGUGCCCUUCAACAUUGCGAGCUAUGCGCUGCUAACUCACAUGCUCGCGCAUGUCUGUGAGUUGGUUCCGGGAAGCCUCACCCACGUUAUGGGCGAUGCCCACGUCUACCUCGAUCACGUUGAUGCGCUCAACGUCCAGCUAGAGCGCGAGCCCCGCGAGUUCCCCGAGCUGGAGAUCUCGCGCGAGAAGGGAGCGAGCAUUGAUGGCUGGAAGGCAGAGGACUUUGUGAUCAAGGGCUAUGACCCUCACAAGACAAUUGCGAUGAAGAUGUCUGUAUGAGCAACGUUUUAAGAACUUUUUUGCAAUUUAUCAUGGGUUGGCCAAUUGUUAAGGGAUAGAUGGCGUUGCUAUAUAGGGAAUUGAGAGCUCAAGGCUAGAGAAUAAACUACGUCGUUAUGCGCGUCCGCGGGUAGUUAAUAUUUUACUGUGGUCUUGGGACAAAAGUGUCGGAAACCUUCCCGGUGCGGCGUUCCGGCGAUGCCGUGCGCGGAUCCGGAGAACACCGCCCAUGGAUAAGCACACGGCCGUUUAGGGAUGCGGGGCCCACUGCACGCCCCUUUUCUUAAUUGUAGGAUUGUGGGAGGAUCGAUAUGCUUGAAAAAUGGCCUUGCGGGAAGAAGAGAAUGU